GGGCCGGAUUCCAGGACCUUGGGAUCACAACCUGAGCUGAAGCCAGAUGCUUAAUGAUUGAGCCACCCAGGUGCCCCAGGACCUGGAAAUCUUAAUCCUUACUGUGAACAGGUUCAGAAAGGUCCAUCUAUCAUGCAACAUGGCAACAACACAAAUGGAGCCCCUGUCUUCCUGGCUCUGAGUCCUGAGUUCCUUCCCACCCUUGAGCAGAGGCCAGGAAGGGGUGAAAAGCCCACUUUCUGAUGCCCUUUGUCCCUCCCUUUAGAGCUCCUGCCCCACAAAGGGUCACUGAGUCCCAAGGCAGAUGUGUGAAGGGACCGGGGGUGCCCUGUAUGAGGGGACCUAAUGGGCAGCAAAAUCCCAGAUUCACGUGGGAAGUGGAGAUGCCCGAGCAUUGCCCAGGCCCUCUUCCUUAGGGACUCCCAGGGUGAGUAAGCGCUCCCUUACUCAGCGGUGAUGCCACCACCCUCUUCAGGGGCCCCUCCCAGCCAGGUGUCAGCAGAGAAGGAGGAGGACGAGAGAGGGAGAAGAGAGGAGGCCACCACCACCAGCCAAGGCUGCUGGCUCCCAGACCGGGUGUUGGUGGGAGGGACAGGGCGGGGCGGGAACAGUCAGCUGCCUGCCAGGAGCCAAACCGAAAGGAAAGCACUCCCGGCUGGACUGGGACAGGAUUCAGGGCUCCCAGGAGAGGGAGUGCUCAAGACAGCACUGGGACCCCAGGCUGAAGAGGGAUUCUGGCCCCUAGUGCCCACAGGCUUGGGGCUGAUUAGGAACGGAGGUACAGUGUCUGCCCCCCCCUUGGGGGGGCAGGACAGGGCCUUGGGCCUUGGUGCCUCCUGGUACAUGGAAGAUGCCUGUGCCUUGGUUCCUGUUGUCCUUGGCACUGGGCCGAAGCCCCAUGGUCCUCUCUUUAGAGAAGCUUAUGGGGCCUCAGGACACUGCCCGCUGCUCUCCGGGCCUUUCCUGCCACCUCUGGGAUGGUGACGUGAUCUGCCUGCCCGGGAGCAUCGUGUCUGCCCCGGGCCCUGUGCUGGUGCCCACACGCCUGCAGACAGAGCUGGUGCUGAGGUGCCACCAGGAGACUGACUGUGACCUCUGUGUGCGUGUGGCCAUCCACCUGGCUGUGCAUGGGCACUUUGAAGAAUCUAAAGAUGAGGACAGGUCUGGAAGAGCCGCUGAUCUGGAGCUCGAGGAGCCUAGGAACGCCUUUCUCCAGGCCCAGGUGGUGCUCUCCUUCCAGGCCUACCCUACCGCCCGCUGCGUCCUGCUGGAGGUGCAAGUGCCUGCUGCCCUCGUGCAGCCUGGUCAGUCUGUGGGCUCUGUAGUAUUUGACUGCUUCGAGGCUGCUCUGGGGGCUGAGGUGCGACUCUGGUCCUACACUCAGCCCAGGUACCAGAAGGAACUCAACCUCACACAGCAGUUGCCUGACUGCAAGGGGCUUGAAGUCCAGGACAGCAUCCAGAGCUGCUGGGCCCUGCCCUGGCUCAGUGUGUCUGCCGAUGGCGAUGAUGUGCACCUCGUGCUGGACGUCUCUGAGGAGCAGCACUUUGGCCUCUCCCUGUACUGGAACCAGGUCCAGGGCCCUACAAAACCAUGGUGGCACAGCAACCUGCUUUGGCUUCCAGUCUUCCUCCUCCUCAUCUUCUCCAACUUCUCAUCUUCUGCUUGUCCACAGACUGGGCCACGGAACAUUACCUUGAACCACACAGACCUGUUUCCCUGCCUUUGUAUUCAGGUGUGGCCUCUAGAGCCCGACUCUGUCAGGACGAGCCUCUGCCCCUUUAAGGAGGACCCCCGGGCACACCGGAACCUCUGGCGUGCAGCCCGGCUGCGGCUACUGUCCCCCCGGGGCUGGCAGCUAAAUGCACCCUGCUUGCUGCUUGCUGAGGCCACUCUGUGUUGGCAGGCACCAGGGGGGGGUCCCUGCCUGUCGCUGGUCCCACCGCUGUCCCGAGAAAAUGUCACUGUAAAUAAGACACUUGAGUUGCCAUUGCUGAAUGCCCACCCCAACCUCUGUGUUCAGGUGAGCAGCUGGGAGAAGCUGCAGCUACAGGAGUGCUUGUGGGCUGAUUCCCUCGGGGCCCUCAAGGAUGAUAUGCUGCUGCUAGAGACACGUGGCCCCCAGGACAACAGAUCACUCUGUGCCUUGGAACCCAGUGGCUGCACCCCACUACUCAGCCGGGCCUCCACGAGGGCAGCUCACCUCGGAGAGCAGUUACUACAGGACCUGCAGUCAGGCCAGUGUCUGCAGCUCUGGGAAGAUGACCUGAGAGCACUAUGGGCCUGCCCCAUGGACAAGUACGUUCAUCAGCGCUGGGCUCUGGUGUGGCUGGCCUGCCUACUCUUGGCCUCUGCACUUUUCCUUCUCUUCCUUGUCAAAAAGAACCAAGUGAAAGGGUGGCUGAGGCUCUUGAAGGAGGACCUCCGCGCGGGGGCUGUCGCCAGGGGCCGCGCGGCUCUGCUCCUCUACUCAGCGGAGGACUCUGGUUUCGAGUGCCUGGUGGGCGCCCUGGCCUCAGCGCUGUGCCAGCUGCCCCUGCGGGUGGCCGUGGACCUCUGGAGCCGUCGUGAACUGAGCGCGCAGGGCCCCCUGGCCUGGUUCCACGCGCAGCGGCGCCAGACCCUUCAGGAAGGGGGCGUGGUGGUCCUGCUCUUCUCGCCGGGGGCGGUGGCGCUAUGCCACGAGUGGCUGCAGGACGGGGCGUCAGCGUCCGCCCCGCACGGCCCGCACGACGCCUUUGCCGCCUCGCUCAGCUGCGUGCUGCCCGACUUCCUGCAGGGCCGGGCGCCCGGCCGCUACGUGGGGGCCUACUUCGACGGACUGCUCCACUCCGAGGCCGUGCCCGCCCUUUUCCGCAGCGUACCCGUCUUCUCCCUGCCCUCCCAGUUGUCCGACUUCCUGGGGACCCUGCAGGGGCCUGGCACCCCCCGUCCCGGGCGGCUCGGGGAGAGGGCGAAGCGAGUAUCCCGGGUCCUGCAGCCCGCCCUGGACCAGCUGCUUCAGUCUCCCGGGGAUCCCAGGGAUCCCGAGGACGGCACGCGGGUUGGCACGUGAGGCAGGGGCUCGAAUAAAGGCAGACGCUAUUUUUCUA